CAGAUACUCAAUGUAAGUCACAGCCAUGUAUAUAAAUAAAAUUGUUACUUGAAAAUGGAUGAAAGUUGAAAGCAAAGAUGUCGAAGAACAGCAAGAGUAAGGUACCUGGGGAGCCCACAGGAAGUGGCACUUCCUUGCUUGAGACUGCUACGGCUGCCAUCCAAGCCUUUGCUCCAGUCAACAAAAUCCAUCAACAUCUUUGUGCGUUUCACUUCUACUCUCACGACAUGACCCGCCAAGUGGAGGCACACCACUUGUGCGGACACCAAAAUGAAGAGAUGAGGCAGUGCCUCAUCUACGACAGCCCCGAAGCCAAUGCUAGACUCAUUGGCCUCGAGUACAUUGUGUCUGAGAAUCUCUUCAUGACGCUUCCGGACGAGGAAAAGCGCCUUUGGCACUCGCACGAUUGCGGGAAGCGUUUGGGCGUGGAUCACGAGAAAGAGAGAAUGAACAGAGAGUAUAUGAAAGGACCAGAACAUGGAAUUGAUCCAUUGGCCAAUGGUGGAGGUAAAGGUCUUAAGACUGUUCUUAGAGAGGUCCAUCUCCCAAAUAAUCAACCUCCUCCAUCUGCCACCAGGGUCUUUGUUUGAACAAUCAUCAUAUAUCUUAUCAAUAUAUAAGAUGACAUCAAUCUUUUCUAGACUUAUGAUGCACAACUUGUAUAAUUAUUAACAAGGUUUCAUGUGUCAAAGUUAUAUGUAUGAGGAGUCGGGAUCUCUUAAUCCAAAGAUAUGUAAUAAUGCAGUUAAUUAGCACUUAAUUACCUUAGGAUCUGUUUGAGAAUAAAGGGCAUAAAGUGUUGUGAAGAACUCAUGUUAUACUAUUGUACCGUUAUAUAUUGGGAAUCAUAUAUGUUUUAAACUUUUAAUUUGUUGA